AACAGAAACGCCUGAAGAGGAUCAGGCAGAAGAGAACUCAGCUGGAAGAACUCAUACUGCAGCAAAUCGCAUUCAAGAACCUGGUGCAGAGAAACAAAGUCAGCGAGACUUCCUCCCUGGCCCCCCCCCUUCCGGCUCUGUCAUCCAGCUCCCUUCAUCAUCCUCAACACAGACGUACGCACCGUCACAGACUGCUCCAUCUCCAGCGACAAAUGCGAAUACCUUUUCAACUUUGACAACACCUUUGAGAUCCAUGACGACAUAGAGAUUCUGAAGCGCAUGGGGAUGUCCCUGGGCCUGGAGAGUGGGAAGUGCACCGCAGACAAUCUCAUUGUUGCCAAGUCCCUCAUCCCAAGGUCUCUGGAGACCUACGUCAUAGGCAUAGCAAGAGGCACCAGUCAAACAAGGUGACCUGGACUCCGCCUCUUUGAAUGGAAGGCGGAGCUUCAGCCACAGUAGCACUGCCCUCUCAGAGUCUCGAGGCCAGACGCCCAGCUCCUUCAACGAGGAAGAGGAGGACGAUGAUGAUGAACCCUCUUCCCCAGAGUGACUGACGGACAAACAGACAGCCAGCCAGGCAUCAGUGAUGCACCAUACCACUCUCUCUCUG